AUGAGCCCCACUGUUCAGCUGGGCGGAUGAACACCCACAAGCAGCAUGCCAAAAGCAGCCAUUGUUAGUUGUUGACUCAUGGCGAUUCGUAUCCGUAAACAUUCCAGGUCGUCAUUUUCCUUCUUGCUUUCUAUUUGUACCUUUAUACAAAAUCAUCAUGACAGUUACCGUGAAGCCCAUAGCAAAUGGCCACACAUCACCAGAGCCUCCCCAUUUAGAUCACGAUUUCCAUAAUUCCUGGGGCAGCAUAUACUCGAACAGCGGAUUCACGCGCGAUGAUCGCGCUCGCAAAAUCUGGGAGGAUUACACGCGCAACCCGGCCAGAGUCGAACAGCAGUACCAUCUUCUCAUCAACGAAUAUUCUGAGCGCUUUCAGUCGUUUUUCAAGGGAUACUGGCCCAUUUCCUUCCAUGCGCAUGUCAGCGAUGCACUCAUGCCAACCACGGUAGCGAGUCUUGUCUUGAACACUGCGUCAACCUGUCCAUUAGUAGUGGAGGAUCCGGCAUUGUCGCCGCUUCUCAAAGAUGACCCUGAACCUGAGAAAGUCCAGCAAUUUGUGCGGGACCUUCUAGGUUGGUCUGAUGUUCAUGCGACAGCACCGAAAUUGGCAAUUGUGGAGGGGAUUUACGGCAGUGCAUAUGGGCCUUUGGCUCACUCAUCUGUCGAAUGGGAAAGUAGGAUCAUUGGCGCGGGGCCGACAUCAAUUAUGAUCCGUCGGGAUGACUUCUCAUCGGAAUCUACGUUACUGAACAAGCUUACAGAGGCCAAAAAGCAAGGCUGUGUCGCUGUUGUAUGUGAUCUAGUAAGCACCUCGGACGGUUCAAUACUGCCCCCAAGUCUAUAUCACCUCCUGCUAUCCUGCUGCGAGCAAGCACGCAUCUGUCUUAUUGUAGACGAGGCCAUGACCGCAGUGCGAUGUGGCGCGCCAUUAGCCUGCCAAAGACCAGAAUACAUCGGCAAUGGCAACAUCCAACCCGACAUGAUCGCCUUCGGUAAAGGAAUGGGCGUGAGCGGCAUGGCAAUUAACUUCAACGGACUGAUGAUGCGACACCUCGCAUACCACAAGCGAGACCAAAUUCUUCAGACCCUCAAGUUCUGGCGGUGCAUGGUGAGCAGGCCCAUUGCGGCCCCGGUUCUAAUCGAAGCCCUGGGGAUAUUGAACGUUGCCGAGAUGGAGGAUUGGCCAGCGAAAAGCGAACAGAUUGGGGCUGCAUUCCGCGCGUUUGUCCAUCAAUACGCGCACAAUGACAGCGACAAGGAGAUCAUCCGCGGGCUGGGCGCUUUCCUGGCAGUUGACCGUGAGUUUUCCAAACAAUUCCGCGUCAUGGCGGCGUUUCGCAGGCGUAGUUCGUGGGCUCGUUGGCUUCCCAAGCUCAACAGCACUGCCUUUCUUGAUCCCCAGUCGAUCGGGAAGGGAGCCUUGGUAACGAUCAAGCAAUGGACCGACGAGGACAUAAUGGACACUCUGCUGGAGAGCGACCUCGCCACAUUCCUCUGGGCGGAGGAUUAUGUUCGAUAUCCCGAUGCUUUUGGACGCUUCCUGAAGACAGCCAAACAGGCAAUUGAGGCCAAUGGAGGACAAAAUACCCCCCAGGUGAUGAACGGUAUUGACCUGGUCGAGUGGAACAUGGACAAGAAGUACCUGCUUGACAUGCAAUCGGCUGGAUUCGACAUACCCAGGACUGACAUAUUCGACAUGGAGCAACCCUGCUCUGUGUCUGUCGUUCUCCAACGGCUUCAGACGUUUCAGUCAUCUGGUCCUCUCGUUCUGAAACCAUCUGUAUCUGCAUCCUCCAAUAAUACCCAUUUUAUUCCCGAUAUCUCUGCACCAUCAGCCGAGGAUACCGGAUACUUGCAAUCAGUUGCAAAAGGUGAACUCCAAAGCUCAUUCGUCGUGCAGCCAUUCGAGCCAGCUAUCGCUACAGGCGAAUACUCGUUUAUUUUCGUCGGGCAACGACUUUCCCACGUUGUGUUGAAGGUGCCCAAGAGUGGCGAGUUCAGGUGCCAGGAGCAAUUCGGCAGUCGUGUCACUCGGGUACCUGUUGAGUCAAUACAGGAGAAAACGUUGUCUACCGUGAAUGCCAUCUUCGACCACCUCUGGGACCGGUUUGGGAAUGGAGCAACAGGGCACAUGGCUUAUGUGCGCAUUGAUGGCUUGGUGGCCGAUGAGCGUCCGUUUAUCUUGAUGGAGAUUGAAGCUAUUGAGCCCCAUCUUUAUCUAGAGAUGGACGGACUUGAAGACCUGCUCUCUCUUUUGUUGAAAUAG